UUCUGCCGUCUGUCCCCGCCACUGUUUCUCUCUCUUUCUCUCUCUCUCUUCACCGAUCCCCUAAAUGUCCAAGCUACCCCCGCAGGUAGAAUUGGUUUGUAGGAGGGUUUUGGGGAUUUGAGUAAGAUUUGCCAAAGACAAUGAGUAAGCCAGCAAUGCACAAGUUUCUGCAAAUAAAACCUUUGAUUUCGAGUGAAACCCACUGGAGGGUUACAAUCCCUUUGAGAAAUCUGCCUUGUCUGAUCCGAAAUCGCUUCCUUCAAACCGAGGCAAUCCCUUCUUCUGCUUCAGAACCGCUCCCUUUGGGAUCCGCUCUAUCACUCUCUAAGCGCCUCCGAAUACCACAAAACAACUCCCCGAAUUCCUCAUCCGUCCUCAACUGUUUGAAAUCCCAUGGAUUCGAGGAUACCCAAAUCGCCAAACUGGUUAGGAAACGCCCCGACAUCCUCAAUUGCAAAGUUCACACAAAGCUCAAGCCCAAGCUUCGAUAUCUCAUUCAAAACGGUUUUACGGGUAAGCUUUUGCCUGACCUCAUUUUGUCGAAUCCGUUUCUUCUUUUUCGAGGCUUGGAUUCUCAGAUUAGGCCAUCUUUUGAGUUCUUGCGCCCUUUCCUGAAUGAUGAGGAAAUGCUCGUUGCUCUUAAACGAGCUUCGUGGUUAUUGACUAUUAGUCUGAAUUCGGUUUUGCAACCAAAUGUUGAUUUAUUGAUUAGUGAAGGGGUUCGUGCUAGUAGGAUAUCCAAGUUGCUUACAUUGCAGCCUAGAGUUCUCUUGCAAAGCCAUGACAGGAUGGUUUACGCCGUUAAAACUAUUAAAGAAAUAGGUAUUGAACCUAAAGAGACUAGGUUUAUACAUGCUCUUAGGGUGAUUUGUUCCAUGAGCGAGUCGAAUUGGAAGAAAAAGGUGGAGGUUUUUAUGAGUUUGGGAUGGAGUGAAGAGGAAGUGUUGAAUACUUUUAGGAAAGACCCACUUUGUUUAGCUUGCUCCGAGAAUAAGCUUCGGUAUUUGAUGGAUUUUUAUGUGAAUACUAUGAAGUUGGAUGCAAGGACUAUAAUUGCAUACCCAAAAUUGCUUGGUUUCUCAGUUGAGAAAAGGGUUCACGCCAGGUAUAUAGUUUUGAAGGCUUUGGAGUCAACGAAGCUGAUCAAAGAUGACAAGAAGAUUGUUUGGGUAAUAAAACUGCCUGAAAAGAAAUUUUUGGAGGAAUAUAUUGCUAAGCAUAUGGACAAAGUUCCAGGUUUGUUGGAUAUGUACCAUGGUGCUGUUAAGCCAAGGAAAACAAUCAGGGGCAAAAAAGAAAAAUUUGAUCCCAAAUCAGCAAGUUUGGCUCUGUAAUUCAGAAACUACCUAGAUAUUCCUAUGCCUUGGUAUUGGUUUACUUAAGUUUCAGGGAGUCAUCCAUCAAAAUUAUGAGAUUGGUUGCUCCUAUUAGCAAUGUAAUGCCAGUGAAAGCUGUAGUUAGCUUUGGCUUAUUGAUGACUUGCCGUCAUUCAAACUCUUAUAUUGGCUGUUCUUUUCCACGAUGGAAUUGGAGAAGGGUUGGAAUACAUUGUUAUAGAUUUUUUCUUCAGAAAGUUGCUUGUAGCUUGUUGUUUGUAAACUAAUUGUUGAGAACUUGGGUAUGUGGUGGUUGCUCGAAAAUCUCAAAUCUUCUUCUGUACUAUUUAUUAGUGACUCCCCAUUUGUAUAAAGCUACUGGUUGUAUUGUUUUGUUGAUC